UUGCCCUACACACAAAUAGGGUCCCAGGCUUUCAAGAGUUCCUUGAGAAGCUAAAUCCAUAUCACUCUAAAGUGCAUUUCCUACCUCAAUUCUGGAGGGCAGCAUUUAUCUGUUCACUUCCAAUGUACAAUAUAUAUGCAGCAGGCAAAGGAAGCUGCACUGGGAAAGAGGAUCUGGGGAGUCUCCCUGGAACUGUCUUUGAAAUGGAGAUGUCUGGCCAGAGCUACAGUAUUUACAAUGCUGUCUAUGCUGUAGCACAUGGUCUCCAUGCUAUGUAUUCAUCCAGAGCCAGGCAGAAGACAAGAGGCAAUGGAGAGAAGUGGAAUUUGCUGAAAGUCCAACCUUGGCAGCUUCGAUUAUUUCUGAAAAACCUCCAUUUCAACAAUAGUGCUGGGGAAGAAGUAGUUUUCAAUGAGAAUGGAAACCUGGCAGCAGCAUACGAUAUCAUCAACUUGAUUACUUUCCCCAAUCGAUCCUUUCAGAAGGUCCAAGUUGGACGUGUUGAACCUCAGAGUUCUCAAAAGGAAGGCCUCACCAUAAAUACAACUGCCAUUGGAUGGAAUCCCAAAUUUAAGCAG